CACCGGCUAGUGGGCGGGUGACUGUAGUUAUCGCUUCCCAAUAUAUGACAGUUUAGUCGUACCAAAUCUGGCAGACAAAUCACAGCACACCUCGGGGAGAGAAAAAGAGAUGUAGGGAGGCUUUGGCUUCUCUUUUCCUUACUCAUUGAAGUCCCCACGAGGAAAUGUUUUAAGUUUCUCAUCAGGCACAUGAUGAUAUGUCCCCUGUGGGUGGUAGGAUAGGACUUCGUGGCGAGAGUUCCGGCUCUGAAGGACCCCGUCGCUUCAGUUCCCCGGAAGCUCCUCCUAUUACGCUGGGGUGGUAGGGACAUUUGCCGGGGGCAAUGGAUUCGAGAUUCGCGGGUGCAUCCCCGAAGCUGAGCUAGAAGCUGGCUCCUGGGCCCAGGACCUCGGCCCUGCCGGUGUAGGGAUACCUCGCCCUGCGCCAUGGCAGCCGCCGUGUCCUCAGAACCUUUCGAGAAAUUGCACGAGAUCUUCCGCGGGCUCUAUGAUGACUUGCGAGGGGUCCCCGACAGGCUCCUGGGGACCGGAGGGACGGAAGAGAAAAAGAAGUUAAUCAGAGACUUUGAUGAGAAACAACAGGAAGCAAAUGAAACGCUGGCAGAGAUGGAAGAGGAGCUGCGCUAUGCCCCCCUGUCUUUUCGCAACCCUAUGAUGGCCAAGCUUCGGAGCUAUCGCAGAGACCUGGCUAAGCUCCAGCGAGAGGUGAGGAGCACUCCUUUGACGGUGCCACCUGGAGGCCGAGGAGAUAGUAGAUUUGGGGCAUAUGCUAUAGAGAAUGAUCACAUGAAUCAGCUGCAGUCUAAAAGGGUUUUACUUCUACAAGGAACUGAGAGCCUAAAUCGAGCCACUCAGAGUAUCGAACGCUCCCAUCAGAUUGCCACUGAGACGGAUCAGAUUGGUUCUGAAAUCAUUGAAGAAUUGGGGGACCAAAGAGACCAGCUGGAACGCACAAAGAGCCGAUUGGUGAAUACAAAUGAAAACUUGAACAAAAGUCGAAAGAUCUUGCGUUCGAUGUCUAGAAAAGUGGCAACCAAUAAACUGCUGCUUUCCAUGGUUAUUCUUCUGGAGCUGGCCAUCUUGGGAGGACUAGUCUAUUACAAGUUCUUUCGAAAAUAAGGAAAAUCCCUGCCUCUGUAUUCUCCUUGUGGAUCCCUAAAUCAAAGAGCUAAAGGACCAACUUUACUGCUAGGGCCUAGCAGUUUAAGCACUCAGACUGUCUGUGUAAGAAAGAAGGAAGAUGACGAUUGGAAAUGUGACGUAAUGGUAACAAAGCUGGGGUGCUAUACCAAGGUAACAAAUGCUGUGUUUAUUAGUUCUUUAAAUUUAUACAGUAAUCUAAUAUAUUAAUUCCCAAUGAACUAAAUAAAACCAAUUACAGAAUACAGUAA